GCGGACCAUGAAUAUGGCCUUCGCUGAGUUCGUUAACAAAACCCGACUAACCCAGCCCCUGAUCAAUUUCUGCGUGAUUGUGUAAAUGGAUGAUAUUUUGGUCUUUUCAAAAACACACGAGUACCACGUGGAACACAUUGAGUGGGUUUUGCAUGCACUGAAAGAUGCGGGGUUCAAAGUGGCCUUGGAGAAAAGCGAGUUCUUCUUGUCGGAGAUCUCAUUCUUGGGGUACAUCGUCACGGUCGAUGGACUAAAGCCGGAUCCGAGGAAGGUGGCAGCAGUUCAAGACGCCCCGGCGCCGGUCACACUCACCCAGGUUCGGGCUUGUCUAGGGCUGGCAUCCUAUUACCGACGCUUCAUCAAGGGGUUCGCCGGCAUAGCGAAGCCCCUCACGAACCUGCUGAAUAAAGAGGAACAGCUGAUCUGGACGCCGGAAUGCGAAGCGGCGUUUCAAGCGUUGAGGGAGGCUCUGACAUCUGCUCCUGUGUUGGCGCGCCCCGACCCGACAAGACCGUUCGCACUGUACACAGACUGGCAGCCUCAGGCGAUAUCGGCGGUGUUGACUCAGCACGGCAAGGACGGAAGGGAGCACGUCAUUGAGUAUGCGUCCAAGACGCUGAGCCAGGCGCAGGCUAAUUACGAAGCAUGCAAAGGCGAAUGCCCGGCGGUGGUGUGGGAGAUUCAGCACUUCCAACCGUAUCUGUACGGCCAGAAAUUCGUGUUGGUAACGGAUCAUCAGCCGCUGCUGUCCCUACGCAAGAACACAGACUACACGGGGACGCUGGGCAGGUGGGCGGUGCGUCUGCAAGACUAUGACUUCGACAUCCGCCACCGUGCCAUGCGGCAGCAUGGUAACGCCGAUGGAUUAACGCGCCUUCUGCCGCCCAACAAGUGUCCCACCAACGAGCGACUCAUUCCGUGGAGGCCAGAAGUCGCGGCGACAAAACCGCACUACGGGGAGCUACACGUGCUGCGGAGAAGGAUGAACCAUCGCCAGCCAGAGCAUGAGCCCCUCGAGCAUUUCCAGACGCCGCUUGCAGAUCACCUGUUGCGGCAUCGGUUCAAUGAGGAGAGGCAGUUGCGGUAUGACAUUCAGCAGGUGAACGUGCCGGCGCCCUGGGUUGCGGAUUUGGCGGCGUACUCGUUGCUUUGCGAUCGGCUGACGUAUGCGGGGGUGUACGUGGACGUGACGCAGUUGUCGGGCCGGGAGACGACCCGAGUAUUCAUUGAGUUCCGCGCGUUGCAGGUGGCACCCAAUUUCGUGCACAACGUCGCCACCUUCAUCGGACACUUGACGAUCCUACCGAAGCUGAAUCGGGAGCCGGCGCGCAGCUUUGUGCGCGAAUACGUGGUGGAAGCGGCCAGAUCAGUGGCCAGAUUGCAAGGACGGGGGGGACACCGAUUCACAGCCCACGAGGUGCUGCUGCGUAGGGCAGAGGACGGACCGAUUGCGUUGGUGCCGCAGCUCCCCGCGCUUCUCCCUCCCGCUGCUCCUCUCAAUUUCCAAGCUAUUCCCCCUCUCACGGAGGGCCCUUAUCCCAUGCGCGAGUUCUCGAAGUAUUUAGUGGAGCUAACUGACGUGGAGCCGCUGCCUUUCGCCGACGAAGACGCGUGGGAGUUGCACCGGGCGCUGUACAAGUCGAUGACGUUGGGGAUGUUCUGGUUCUUCGUGGAGCACGAAGACCACUGCAUAGGGGAGCACUUCGUCGUCUACUACGUCAUCACGCGGCCCAAGCCAGCGGAGAAGGAAGGGACGGUCGCGCUGUACCCAUUCGCCCCGCUCCAGACGAUCGAUCCAGGAUUCUUGGAGCUCAUACACCUUGAGCUCCUCUCCAUUGCGCAGGUGAUCGUGAGCGAGGAGGAGGAGAUCCAACCGCGAUUGCGGACGGCGACGGCCUUACGGAGAACGUACAACACGGUCGUCAUUCCGGAUUACAUUGCGCAGCGCGCGGAGAGAUUGGAGGACUUCCCGGAGGAAAGGCCGUUGCGGCCUCCCUCGUCGUAUCCCCGACCAGCGCCACCGAAGGCCCCCGAGAAGACGCUGAAGAGGAAGAGACGCCACCCAUCGCCAGGGGCGCAAGGCAGCAGGAUCGGCGGCGGCGAGGAGGUGAUUCAGUCCGCAUGUCCGCGGAAUCCGGACCCCGUGCCUGGGAGUGCGGCGACACUUGUUAAGGAGGCUGUCGUGCCAUCGCCGCCCGUUCCGUGUGCGCCCGAUCUCAACCUUGAUGGAGCCAGGCCAUCAUCAUCAGCAGCAGCAGCCGGAGGAGGAAGCCGAAUGGGAUUACCGGAUCCCAUAUCCAGACCCCCCGUCCUCGCGGGACCUCUCCUUCAUCCGAGCCGGACGGUCCAUCCGACCGAGGUGGACUUCAUGGUGGAGCUCGCCACCAUCAGGCUGGAGGCCAUCGCGGGGGCGUCGCGCCCUGAUCCGGCGCGGGAGCCAUAUCUGACACCCCCUUUUCAAGGGUGUAUUGCGGCGCAAUUGGCUGGGACGCUCAUCUACGAGACCGGACAGCGUCCCAAUGCGAUGUACCACUUCCUGGUCUUCGCGGCGCAGAAGCGGGAGCGGCGGCCUUACGCCGAGACUCAUGUGGUGAUGACGGGUCCGGGGCCCCGAUCGGUGUGCAACAAGUUCGAUAUUCGGCAUGGCUUCCAUCACAUUCUGGUGAGGGAGGAAGAUCGGCCAAAGACGGCCUUCGUGUUGUUUGAAGGCACGUGGCAGUGGGUUCGGUGUCCGAUUGGGAUUUGCAACGCGCCUGCCACGUUUCAGCGAGCGAUGAACAUGAUAUUCAAGAACUUCGUCAACAAGAUGCGGCUAACACAGGGGAUGAUCAACUUCUGCGUGAUCGUGUACAUGGACGAUAUCCUUGUCUACUCGGAGACCUAUCAUGGGCACGCGCAACAUAUUGAGUGGACAUUGGGAGCGCUGAGAGAUGCAAGGUUCAAAAUAGCGCUAGAAAAGCGUGAAUUUUUCCUUUCGGAAAUUUCGUUCUUGGGCUACGUGGUGACACGUGGAGGACUGCGGCCGGACUCAAGAAAAUUUGCGGCGGUAAGAGAAGCCCUAAUUCCCACAUCGCUGACGCAGGUUCGAGCCUUCUUGGGGUUGGCAUCGUACUAUCCCCGCUUCAUCAAGGGUUUCGCCGCGAUUGCACGACCACUAACGAACCUGCUACGGAAGGACCAGCCUCUUAGUUGGGACGCGGAGUGCCAACAGGCCUUCGCGACCGUCAAGGACGCUCUGGCGACGGCUCCUAUUUUGAUCCGACCGGACCCCUCUAAGCAGUUCAUUCUCAUCACGGACUUGCAACCAGAAGCUAUCUCCACUAUUCUAGCGCAGAAGGAGAACGAAGGUCGUGAACAUGUCAUCGAGUACGCGUCACACACGGUACUGGACGAGCGGAGAAAUGACUCGGCGCCUCAAGGCGAAUGCUAUGCAGUAGUCUGGCGAAUCGAGCACUUCCAUCCGUAUCUCUACGGACAGAAGUUUCGCCUCGUUACAGAUCACGAACCUUUGCUGGCGUUGAAGAAGCUCACUAAUUACACCGGCAUGAUUGGCCGUUGGGCGGUGCGACUACAAGAGUACGACUUUGAUAUCGUUCAUCAAAAGACAGAGCGACACGUCAACGCGGACGGACUGACACGUCUGCAUCGACCUGCUAAAGUGCAGCGGCCCCAUCUCUGCUCUGAUCUCCUCCGGUUCGCAGCCUUCUUCAGCACGACGGCGAUCUACGAGGCGGCGGAGUUCCGAUUCACGGAGGAGGCGGAGUUCCGAUUCACGGAGGAGGCAACUACGCGCGUUCUGGUCGAGAUCUCGGCCUUCCGACGGCUAUCCCCCCCUGGGAUUAGCCAUAUCGCCGUCGUCGUCAUUUUUAUAAGGGAUAUCACAGCGAUCCCGCUGGCGAUUCACUCCGACAUCUAUCGGACAUUUGUGCCGCUAUUGAGCGAAGAGAAGUGGGAUGCGUGGUGGGAGGACUACAUCGAGCUCGCUUUCUAUCUAUUGGAGAUAGAGUUCCACUAUUCAGAAGCGGCCCCGUUCGGAGAAGGGCCAGAGCACCCAGAGGACAACGUGGAGCUUCUGAUCACCCAAGCCUGGAGAACGGCGGAGCAAGUUGAUCUGCUGGGAUUCGUAUUCGAGAAGGUGGAGGAGGGCGAUCUCACCUUGAUCACGGACGAGUUGCUGGUGUUUCUGACUCAGCUGGUGGAUGAUCUGCCCUUAGACAUCUUGUCACGCAGUGACGAGCAGCCUGGCACCCACAUACUGUCUCGAACGCUCGAGCCGCACCUUGUAUGGUCCACGUGUACGAAGAUUGACGAGGACAACUGUCUCUAUCCCUCCCCGACGCUUUACUUGGAGAUCGUCGUUACCGAUCUCACGUUUUCGGACCCGAUCGCGAGGAAAAACGUGGCGCAGGACGAGGAGAUAGGGGGGGCAGAGAAAGAGGAGGAAGAAGAGGAGCCAUCAAGUAAAGAACAGGACGAUCCGGACUGCGUCCCGAAAAGAGAAACGGGGAUAGCUAGCGGAUCGAGCCAGCCGCCGGAAAAGAAUGAAGAAGAGGAAGAGCAGAGGAAACGAAAGCGCCAGGAGACUGUGGAGGGAAAGCGACCCACAACAAAUGUUUCAUCGAUCGGGGAUCCGUGGCGUGAUCCAGAGCCACUAGAAGAAGAAGACGAUGGAACCGCAGCAGAGGGAUCGCGGAGAAGAAGAAGAAGAAGUGAAUCGCCAGCUUCCUCCGGUUCCCCGUCCCGGUCCUCCAUUCGUCUACAUCAAGAUCUCGGCGUUCGGGCUUCGUCCCCGACCGUUCUCUCGCCAACCCCGUGACAACCUCAUGCUUACCCGUCU